AAAAUAAAAUCCCCCGUACGCCCCUAGCGAACCGACGCCUGUUGGUCCCCGCGAUUAACCGUCGUCCCGAACCGCGGCGGUCGAAUUUUUGUUGUUUUAAAACGCGUUAAUUGUUCAUUACGAAUUGCGCUCGUUUCGAGCUCGCUCCGUACACACAGUAUAAUAUUAUUUGUCGACAUUGACCGUAAAUCUUUUAUUGUCUAUAUAAUUUCUCGCUUUCGAUUCCGCAGUUCGCUCUUCGUUUCGGUUCAGGACAACCGACGAGUGGUUUGUCCGCUAAAAUAAAUCGCGAUUUAUCGUGUACGACGAUGAAUAUAACAAUAUAGUUGGUAUACACAAGUGUAGACGGCCCCGUCGGAGUGAUCCAUUAAUAAAUCGUCGCGUUUUACCGCGUCCGCCACCUUUACGUCGGGCCAAUUUGUACGUCACCGUCGUCGCCGUAAUUACUAUUGUAAUUACAGUCGUGUACAGUCAGCGAACUUUUUAACGUCCGUCGCCGCCGCCGCCGCCGAACACUUGGAAUGCUAUGGCCGUUCGGCGCGCACACGCCCGUCUAGGGCGGUUCUAUUAAUAAACGCGUCCGACGCGGUGGUGCGGUGCACCGCGUUUGGCGCACACAUCGUAUUGUUACAAUAACAACAACAACAAUUAUUGUGAACCCGCGGGCACAGUGUCGUCGUGCGAAAAUAAUUCGCGUGUGCACACCACGAUAAUCCGCACAAAUACAUAAUGUAAUACGCACUAAUCACGAUAUACAACCACAACAACAAUAUCUAAUAAUAAAUGGUCGUGGCGGGGAGGAGGAGACACUAUCUCGUCGGUACGUAUAUCAUCAUACGACCGGAAUACAACACGUUUUAUACCGCAUACACGCGUAGACCACACGUGGCAAGAUAGGCGGUAGCGGUGGCGGUGGUGGAGGUGGCGGCGGCGGUGGUGGCGUAAUCGGAGAAGAAGGAGUAGUAGGAGGUGUAUAAGAGGAGAAGUUAAAGGAGAAGGAGUCGAGUGUGGUCAUAUUAAUAAACGAUCCCCCUACGCUACUAUAUAUACGCCGGUCGCGCGAUAUAUAGUCGGUGUGUAAUAUAGUGUUAGUAUAUUAUUAUAUCGGACGGGCGGCGGAGUGAUCGAACCUUCCAAGCUGGCCCAUCAGUUUUGGCUCGGUUGGGGUUCGGGCUCGGGCUCGUGCCGCGCGCAGACGGACGAGGAGAAGAAGGAGAAAAAAGAAAUGGCCGAGGCGGCGGCCCGGCACGAGCUGUACACGCAACAGCAGUGGGCCCAUCAGCGGGCCGAACGCGCCGAGCGAAACGCCGAGAGACUGGAGAGGGAGAUACAGGCGCAAGCCGCCUCGGCCGCCGCGUCAGAGUCCCUCGCCGAGCUACACUACGUCGACAGCCUGUCCGGGUCCGUCCAAUCCAUAUGCAAGGCACCAAUAGCCAGCCUAGACUGCAUGGCCGACCUGGGCAGUACCACGGAACAGCUGUGUGCCAAGCUGCAAGCAACCGCGGUCAAGGAGUCGGUUGACCGGGUGUCGUCUGCGGCACAAUCGCCCAGCCUGACAUCCGGGCUCCGAUACCGGAACUUAGGUAAGAGCGGCUUGCGCGUAUCCAACAUCGGGUUGGCCACGUGGACCACAUACAACACAGCCAUCAAUGAGGAACAGCUAGACGCGGUGGUGACGGCCGCAUACAACGCCGGCAUCAACCUGUUCGAUCUAACCGAGGGUCCGCAAAGCAGCGAACAGGCUGAAACUCAACUGGGUGCCAUACUCAAGAGGAAAAACUGGAAACGAGUGUCGUACAGCGUCAUCACCAAAAUCCAUUGGCACUACAAAUCCGAAGAACGAGGGUUGUCACGCAAACACAUUAUCGAAUCGGUUCGAUCGUCCGUCGCUAGACUUCAACUCGACUACAUAGACAUCGUUCUGAUACAAAAAGCCGAUCCGAUGUGUCCACUCGAAGAAGUAGUUAGAGCUAUGGAUUUUCUCGUAUCAGAAGGACUUAUAAUGUAUUGGGGCACAGCUAAAUGGUCACCAAUCGAUGUCACAGAAAUGUAUACUGCUUGCAGACAAUUGAAUUGCUCUACACCUAUUUUAGAACAAUCUGAAUAUCAUAUGUUGUGCAGGGAAAAAGUUGAGAUUUACAUGCCUGAAUUGUACAAUAAAAUCGGUGUAGGUUUAAUGGCUUGGUCACCAUUAGCCAUGGGAUUAUUGCCUUCUUUCAAAGACUCGCUCAGAAGCCGAUCAUCCAAUAGGACAAAAGCUUCCAGUAUUAGUUGGAAUCAAGAUGAUCGAAAACCCCCAAGUAAAGAGAACAAUGAACCAUUGACAACAAGAAAUACCAAGGAAAUAUUGUUUUCAAUUUCAUUAAUAGCAGAACGUCUUGGCUGUAGUUUAGUUCAACUGUGUAUAGCGUGGACAUUAAAAAACGAAAGCGUUCAGUGUCUUUUACUAGGAGCAGCAACGACACACCAGUUUUAUCACGCUUUGCAUGGAUUACAGCUGUUGCCUAAACUCAAUUCAAAUGUAAUGGCCGAAUUGGAGCGUAUACUGGACAAUAAGCCAGUACGGCCACCAAUGGUAUCAACUCUAGCAAUGAGAUGACAAACAGUGUGCCCCCCCGGUGUGUUGGGGGGCACAGGCAUGUCUGCUGAUGGCAUGAAAGAAAACAAUGACGAGUAUGACAUGAAAGAACGAAAAGUACCGUUUUGUGUGCUUCAAUGAAAAAAUAGUUCUUGUGGCAAAUAUUGUAAUCAUGUUAGAAUUAUAGUUUAAAGUUAAAUAUACAUCCAAUUUUAAUUGA